AUGCUGUCCAGGCCGGCGGAUCCGUGGCCACACUCACAUCACGAGCUAAUCGACCAUUACCUUGCGCAACAGGACGAAGCCAUCGCGUCAGGAUAUUAUCAGCCUUUUUUGUAUCCCUGGGGUGCCGUCAGUCAGCUGCUUGUCAUCAUCUACCUUCUCAUACCGCAUCAAAAUCGACCAUGGCUCAAGAAUUGCCGGUACCUGGUAUUUGCAUUGCUGACGGCUUUUGCCACAUAUACCAUAGUGUACACAAGAGCUAGGGGAUUGGUACCAGCAAUGGUGAUUGGGCUUAUUAGUUCAUGGACGAUAGUAUGGACGAGCGCACUUCUCGUAUGCAACAAUGCCCAAACGGAUUUCAUGAGGAUUGAGAGAACUCAAGGUGUCUUUGGAUCCGAUGUGCUGAGGGAAAAGAUGAAAGACCAUGCAGAUGCAUCUGCCGAGACAAAAGAGACAAAUGCGGCAAACAGUAUCAGGGAAGAUCUCGUUAACGGCUCGUCUGGCCCGCGGGAGCGUCACGGCGAGUUUGCAUGGCAACCUUACCCUUUGGCGCCCUUGAUCGAACGGCUCGACUGGGUCCUAGACGUCUUCUAUAACUUCCGCGGCAUGGGAUGGAACUGGCGAACUUCUGCGCUUCCCCCACCUCCGAAAUCCAUCCAGUCUCAACUCCGCCGCAAUUCCAGCACUCGGGUCCCUAGGCACUCGUACAAAGCACAUUCGGGCCAAUUAAAACAGUACGUCUUGCGGGCAGAGCUUCUACGAAGCAACACCUGGACACUAAUAAAAGGCUACCUAAUGCUGGAUGCCCUCAAAACCGUCAUGAUGUACGAUCCGUACUUCUGGGGCUACGUCCACCGACCACCACCAUCACACUUUCCGUGGGUACUUACAAACUCGCCUGUUCUGACACACACUUAUCGCCUCUUUCUAUCCAUGCUCGGCAUAAAGUAUGCGCUGCAGUCAGUUUUCUGUCUGCCGCCCCUCUUCUUCAGCGGCAUACUCUCGCCUUCUCUCCUCGGUGCCCGCGCAGAACCCUGGAUGUACCCCGAGACUUGGGGCCCAUACAGCGUGGUGCUUGACAAGGGGCUGGCGGGCUGGUGGGGAAACUGGUGGCAUCAGACCUUUCGCUUUGCGUUCCAAGAGCCCAGCCGCAAGUUGAUUGAGUUGCUGGGCUUGCAUAAAACUGGUGCGGUCGCCAAGGCGCUGCAGCUAUUCAUUGCAUUCUUUCUCAGCGGCUUCGUGCAUGCGAUUGGCAGUGUGACUUGUGUGGGCGAUACAGAUCCUCUACGAGGACCAAUGGCGUUUUUCCUCUUGCAGGCUGUGGCCAUGUUUGCUGAACAGUGUCUCUCUCAGGCGGCAAGUGCUGCGGGAAUAGGCCGGAAUCUGCCUUCCUGGCUGAUCAAAGGGUGGAAGUUUGUAUAUGUGCAUGUGUGGUUUUACUGGACUGCACAUCUUAUUUGCAAUGACUUUGCAAAGGGCGGCAUAUGGCUACUUGAGCCUGUCCCUUUCUCGCUGCUUCGUGGAUUGGGGCUGGGCGCUGAUGAGAAGGACGGAUGGUGGAACUGGGGCGGACAGUUCGUACGGUGGCAUAGUGGGGAUAGGUGGUGGAGGAGCGGUAUAGCUAUCUGA